ACCAAACAUUCUCACAGACACGUUGUUGAGGCCUCGCAUCAAGCACCUUUCUGAGCUGCCAAAUUGACCAGAGCCCCGACGCUCUCGGAUAUCUCCUUCUGUUUUCGCACCCAGAAUCCUCAGACCCUGUGUACGGCGGGCACGGUAGCACCCCAACAAUGGCCUUCGAACUCAAAGAGAAGGGUAACCAGCUCUACAAGGCGGGCGACUAUGCCGGUGCGGAGGAGAUGUUUUCCCAAGCUGUCCAAAAGAACCCGAAAGAGCCUACGUUCUUCUCCAACCGGGCGAUCACCCGCAUGAAGCUCGAGAACUGGGCCGGCGUCGAGCAGGACGCGCGCGCCGCGAUCGACUUGUACGGCGCGAAGAACCCCGCCAGCCUGAAGAGUCGCUACUAUCUGGCGCAGGCCCUGUUGGAGCUGCAACGGCCGCAGGAGGCACACGAGGUCGCGACGGAGGCAUACCGGGCGAGCCUGGCGGCCAAGAAUGUGCAGUCGGAGAAUCUGUCCAAGACGGUCCUGCGCGCGAAGCAGCAGCUGUGGGCAGCGAAGGAGGCGGCCCGCGUGCGGGAGAUGAACGGCACUCUGGCGACUGUGGAACGGUUGAUCGAGGCGGACCUGCAGCGAGCGCUGGAGGACCUCCAGGGACAGUUGGACCGCGGGGAGAUCGGCCAGAUCGGUUUCUCGGAGGACCAGAAGGCGCUCCGGGAGGAUACGGAGAAGACGCUCCAGGUGUUGCGGGAGACGUUUGCCAUUGCGUCGAAGGGGGAGGUUCAGGAACGGGUUGUACCCGAUUACCUCAUCGACCCGAUCACAUUCGAGAUCAUGCACGAUCCGGUGAUCACGCCGUCCGGGACCAGCUUCGAGCGUGUUGCGAUCACCAAGUACGUGGAACAGUCCAAGGUCGACCCGAUCACGCGCGUACCCAUGACAGCGGAUGACCUCCGGCCCAACUAUGCGUUAAAGGGGGUGUGUGAGGAGUUUCUGGAGAAGAACGGCUGGGCGGUUGACUGGUAGAUCAUGAACUGUACCUCGACAUUUUGAGUCUUUCUUGAGCGCAGUUUGUC